GGCCCAGUUGGAGCAGGUAUGGGGUGCAAUAGGUCAUUUCAAUGCCCCAGGUAAACUGUAACCCCAACAAACUAAAGGUCAACAGCACCAUGCGCACCCAUUCCCUUCGUCCCUUGAUAGAGGGUGUGCCCACCCAUCUUGCAGCUUGUGGCAUUCUCAGAGUUUGAAUGCCCGCAUGCACUUGGCCCUUUUCACAAUUCUUGUAUGCUUUCCAUGAACCGCGGGGGUUCGCCUCGAAUUUGCGCCUGCGAUCAGGCCAAAACACGUGCAGGUAUAGCUAAUCGAUCCUCUGUUGGUGUAGAUUCGAUGCUGGGACGGUACGGAAGCUAAACUGUGAGUUCCGACGCAGGAAGACGAGGUAAAUGCGUGAUGGGUCGUAGGCAGUCGUCGCACGGUUCGUUGGGGAUAAAAAUAGCUGCGAGGAUGGAACAGGGUCCGCGAUCCGCAAAAGGUCCGAUGUCGUUUAGAAAAAGAGCGAUAUGGGGCACACGUAGGCUUUCGUGUCCGGGGAGAGUGAUAAAUAACGUUCGAAGCGAAGCAGAAGAGAAUGAAGACUGAC